GUGUGAGGCGGCAUCCGCGCGCCCCCGGCACCGAGCGGCAGCGCUAGCGGCAGCAGCAGCUUCGCCGCGGAGCUGGCGGAGGCGGCGCGGAUGGUGAGAGGAGCCGCCCGGCAGCGCCUGCCCCGCACUGGCCCGGCCUCCAGAACAACAGGCCUGGUGGAGAAGCCUUCUCGCAAACGGAAAUCCAGCUGUUGUAGAGUAUCCUGUCUGCCACAGUGGAGCACUGCAGAAUCCAGGGGCCUUGCCACAGGAUUUAGGUCAAGCUUGCUGCGGAGCACAGAGGACCUGGGGACUGAAUUUGCCCUAAAAGAAAUCAUGUCAUCUGGAGGAGCUGAAGAUGAUAUCCCUCAGGGAGAGAGGAAAACGGUCACAGACUUUUGUUACCUACUGGAUAAAUCUAAACAGCUCUUCAAUGGCUUAAGAGAUUUGCCUCAGUAUGGGCAGAAGCAGUGGCAGUCCUAUUUUGGGCGAACCUUUGAUGUUUACACUAAACUCUGGAAAUUUCAACAGCAGCAUAGACAAGUACUGGACAAUCGAUAUGGAUUGAAGAGGUGGCAGAUUGGGGAAAUUGCCUCCAAGAUUGGGCAGCUCUACUACCAUUAUUACCUGCGGACGUCUGAAACCAGCUACCUGAAUGAGGCCUUCUCCUUCUAUUCAGCUAUUAGACAGAGAUCAUAUUACUCCCAAGUCAAUAAAGAGGACAGGCCUGAACUGGUGGUUAAGAAGCUGCGUUACUAUGCAAGGUUUAUAGUGGUUUGUCUUUUGCUCAACAAAAUGGAUGUUGUGAAGGACCUCGUAAAGGAAUUGUCAGAUGAAAUUGAAGAUUACACUCACCGCUUUAACACUGAGGACCAGGUGGAGUGGAACCUGGUUCUUCAAGAGGUGGCGGCUUUUGUUGAGGCAGAUCCUGUGAUGGUUUUAAAUGAUGACAAUACCAUUGUAAUCACCUCCAACCGACUGGCUGAAACAGGGGCCCCAUUGCUGGAGCAGGGAAUGAUCGUGGGACAGCUCACUCUUGCAGAUGCAUUAAUUAUUGGGAAUUGCAAUAACCAGGUAAAGUUCAGUGAAUUAACGGUUGACAUGUUCCGAAUGUUGCAAGCACUGGAAAGGGAACCAAUGAACUUGGCUUCACAAAUGAACAAACCUGGAAUGCAGGAGUCGACUGAGAAACCUGCUAGGCGGGAAAAUCCCCAUAAGUACUUGCUGUAUAAACCUACCUUCAGCCAGCUGUAUACGUUCUUAGCAGCAGCGUUUAAGGAGCUGCCUGCGAACAGUGUGCUGCUAAUCUACUUGUCGGCCACUGGCGUGUUUCCCUCAGGUCGUUCGGAUAGUGAAGGUCCUUAUGAUUUUGGUGGUGUCCUUACAAACAGUAACCGGGACAUUAUAAAUGGUGAUGCUAUCCACAAACGGAACCAAUCUUACAAGGAGAUGCACUGGUCACAAAACUUCAGAGAUGGCCUUCACCCUGGUGAUCUCUACCCUUUCACAAGAAAGCCCCUAUUUAUCAUUGUGGACUCCUCAAACAGUGUUGCCUAUAAGAAUUUCACAAACUUAUUUGGACAGCCACUGGUGUGCUUGCUUUCUCCAACAGCGUAUCCAAAAGCAUUACAAGAUCAGUCUCAGCGGGGUAGCCUCUUCACCCUCUUUCUGAACAAUCCUUUAAUGGCAUUCCUAUUUGUCUCUGGAUUAUCAAGCAUGCGCAGAGGAUUGUGGGAGAAGUGUCAAGAUUACCUUAGAAAAAUCAACCGGGAUAUCGCCCAGCUGCUGACCCAUUCUCGCUCCAUAGAUCAGGCAUUUCUUCAGUUUUUUGGGGAUGAAUUUCUUCGUUUACUUCUAACAAGAUUCGUCUUCUGCUCAGCCACCAUGAGGAUGCACAAAAUUUUCCGGCAGGAAACUCGAAAUUACCCUGAAUCUUAUCCCCAACUGCCACGAGAUGAAACCGUGGAGAACCCUCACCUCCAAAAACACAUUCUGGAGCUGGCUUCCAUCCUGGAUGUUAGAAAUGUGUUCCUGGAAAACACCAUUGAUGACUAUUAAAAGAAACACUUCCUUACUGCAACAGGAUUUGCCUAGCCACAGACUUUGAAUGGUGCAGUUUUCUAAUGUGAAAAUCCACAAAAGGAGUUACUUGAUUUUAUUUUAAAAUUUGGGAUUUUUUUUCUUUUUUUUAAAUUAGCCCAGCUGCCCCAUUCUGUAUGGGGUCAAUUUUAUAAACGAAUCUUUUCACAUCUUUUAAAUGUUAAACUAAGGAAUCCCUGGAGUUUUAUUUUUGUUUUGGUGGUUGAAAGCAACCAUAUCUAGAUCCUAAGCAUAAAAAUAUUAUUGGUCAAUUUUAGCCCACUUUAUGGAAAUCCUUUAUUUUUAUACAGUUUUAAAAAAUUGGAAGCAAAAACCCAAUAGAAAACCAAUAUUUUAUCCCCAAAGAGUUUGGAUUUGAAAUGAUAAAGCUGGAAACACAUAAUGCAAACCAGCAAGAGCAAUAAAAGAAACAGCCCUUCAUAACAAAUAUAUUUUUUUCAAUCUUAGGUGAGUAAUUAGACAAAGUUGUGCUAGAACAAAUGGCAGUUGGAGCAGUGGGUUUGGAGUGAUGCUGCAGAGGGAUCUCCUGACAUCUAGUGUUCCAUGUAAAUUAGUAAUUUAAAUCUUCUACUGAGCAGCACUUCUGGCCAAGAACACAAGUCCCCUCCUGCCUGCUUGGGUGUAGAUAGCAGGCUGGUGGCAUAUAUUACAAAAUUAACAAACUUGGCCCCAUUUCCUCAGUAUAGCAAGGUCUGUCACACCUCCAUGUCUUGUCAGAGCCACCACCCUUUUGGUUGAGGAUGCUGGUCCAUAACUCCUCUUGAGUCAGUCAGUAGAGCUUCUUAAUCACCGGGGCAGGGGGUGGAGGGUGUCUCCCUUCUUACCUCGUAGAGUGAAUGAAGUGAGUGGCUUCUGCAGUAUUCUCAGCCCUUGGUGAGUCUCUGCCUGGAAAUCAAACCAGUCUCCCAUAGUAGUACUGAGUUCCAGCCCUUCCCAACAGAGAAACACCUGGCAGGAAGCCUCUUGGGGUUGGUGUGCUGUUGCCUGCUUUAACAAUGGGAUGAUCUUUCAUGGGAUCCUUGUGACCCUAGAAGUGCUUUUUUCUUAUGUUAUAAUGGUUAAUAAGUGCUGCCACAGAGCACUGUAGCCCUUCAUGAGUAUGGUGAGGGCCCAUCACUCCACCCCACUCCCUACAUGUCUGCUCCAAGUCCUGCUCUGACAGCAUUUUUCAAAUGAGCCACUGGGAGGCUGAGCAGAGGGAAGGUGUGUGAGGCACAUAGUCACCAAUAAACCCCAAAACACAGCUAGUGGGGAUUGGUUUAUAGGUAUCACCGCUUCUGCUGUGCCCCUUUAAUUGCACAGUUAUUCCACCCAGACCUAGACAAUAUCCAGCAGGGCUCUAUAAAGUCUGCAUCAAGGAACAUAAUGAUUUGUACGAAAUUCAAAGCUAAGGUAGAGAAGGUGUUUGCUGGAGAAGUAGGAGGGUAAAGCUACCAAAGCAAUGCCCUCCUAGCUUCAGAACAGGCUCCAGGAGCUCUUGCACCCCUUUACAGAAAGGAGGCAUGGAGGAGGGAAGCACUGGAACAGUAGAAGGAUUUUGGCUUCUAUGAAGCAAAUGUUCUAAACACCCAAUCUAAUAGCCUGUAGACACUCAGCUUUGAGACUGGCUCCACUUCAGUUGCUGGCAGUGUAAAAGCCAGCUUGUCCCAAAGCCAAGACUGAAGCACAACUGAUUUUUGUAGGCUCCAGUGUUUGGUUUUUAAAGAUCUGUAAAAUGAAUAGUGGGCUUUUAACUGAAAAUACUCAUUCUACCAAGAAGGUGUUUACUUUAAAUCCAGUGAAAGGCAAGUCUAUGGAGAUAUGGAUUGUAAUUUUUGUAUCUGAAAUUGUACAACAGAUUGUCAAAUGGCCUGAAAUGACAGGUCUAGAAAUAAUGAUAGCAAAGCAAACUGUGGUCAUCUUGUUUCUGUGUGAAUAUAAGGUGUAUGGUGCUGGAAAGGCUGCCUUUUGGCUUUUUGUUCUGCAUGGCUGUAUUGCUGUGUGAAGUGAAGUCCCGUGGAGUGCUCCCUGUACUGUAAUGCCGAAACCUGUAAUGGAGCAAGGACACCAUGCUGGACUCUGUUGUGUCCUUACAGAAUGUAGUAUAUGGUACCACAGUGGGAAUGUUUUAAGCUGUUACAUGAAAGCGGUUUUGUUCUGCGUUCAUUGUACCAAUGCUGGAAAAUGGGGAGGAGUCUGAGUAGCCCUUUAAUUUUGAGGUCUAGUCCAAUGUUUCAAUUUUUAAAAUGAGUUUUUGGUAGCUUCCUUACCUUGGAGCCUACUUCAGUGGGCCUCUUCACAGAAUCACAUAGUGAUGUGACCAUCUUCUUGUUUGGAAUAGCCAGGGGCUGAGGGUGCUACAGGUCAGGAUUGGUGCCCAUCAGCACUGCUGUAGGGGAGUCCAGUCAGAACAGCAGUGGGUGUUACAGAGUAGGUGGCAGGCAUGAAGCUUCCAUAGCACUUGCUGGCACUGGGCUGGGCUGUAGCCAAGUCCUUCACUCCCAUGGGCACUACAAAUCAAUGGAACAUUAUGAGAAGAAUUUCUUUUAGCAGACCUCUAGUUGAUGAUGCAGUUCUUUUCUGUGGAGCUGUGGUUCUUCCGUCACCCUUCUUUGAGAUUGAGUUUAUUUUAAAAUAAAUAUGUAUAUACUCAGUGUUUGUGUGUUUAUGUACAGUACACACCCACCUACCUGUUGGGUGUGCUUGUAAAUAUGUAUAGAUAUUUGUAUAUAGGAAGGUCUUGAGAUAAUAAAUGUAUAUAUAAAUAUUAUAUAUACACACGUACGCCAAUUGGAUUGCAUUCUAUGAGGGUGUUUUAGAAGCAUUAUUCAAGAUGCUGUAGUUAAGUUUGUGAUUGCAUUACAUUGUAAUCCUCUAUUUUCAGGGGCUUAUGUUUGGUAAAUAAAAUAAUUUGGGGCUAAAACUAGGUGCAGCAGGCCUCAUCCAGUGAGCAGGGGGGUUUCUUUUACAAAUGUAAAUAUUCCAAUUCACACUGAAAUUAUAGUAAUUUUGUGACGUGAACCAACAGAAUCCCGGAAACGUGAAGCUUGAGGCUGAUUUGCCCUUUCCCAUGGGCAUGAAGUCCCAAUCACACAAUGGAGUGUUUGCAUUAAUGUUUAGUUUUUCUUUUGUCAUAACUUUCAUGGAGCAUCCUUUGUAUGCAGAUGUGUAGGGGAAGCCAUGUAGGAAUAUGGAAAUCUUUGUAGUCGCAGCACAAAGGGAGGGAACACAGCAUCUGUGUUACCUUCCCCCUCCUGCACUUCAACAUUAAAUAAGCUAGAAGCUCAGUCCCAAGUCACUGCACUGUGACUGUAAUGAAAUCCCAUGUUUAGCUUUGACUGUUGUGGUUCCAUUUCACUUCCCUGCAGCUGGGAAUAGCAUGUGUACGUGAGCUUGGAAGAAAAGAUUCCAUUAGCAUGCCCUCUUUGUGUCCUGGUGAACCCUUGUGGAAUGUGGUUUGUGAGCUGAUGGGGAAGCCCUGAUGCUUUUCUUCUGCUCAGCCUGGAUGAAGAAGAGUCUCUCUGCUUAUGGUGCAUCUGUGUGACUUCUAUGUCUACAGGACCAAGUGAUGUAUUUGGUCCUCCCUCCCCAUUAGCUGGAGUUUGCUGUAGGUCCAGUCAGACAGGCACAUGAAGAGAGGACUGGUAGAAGAGGCUGGUUUAGAAUCUGAAAAGAAUGAGAACUUUAAGUCAAAAUCGAAACAUGUCAUCUACUCGGCCUGAAUCUAAAAAGUCAGAGAUGCACUUUUUAAAGGAGUCUCUUAUUCCCUUCUUUGCUAUUCUAUCAUAUCUGGUUGGUCUUGUUCAGAAUUCUUGCUAUUAAUCAAACUUGACAACAGGGAUUUUCAAAGAGUGAACUUCAUUUAUCUUGUUCCAACAGUUUGUCCCAUUCAAACUUACUUUAACUCAUCCAUUGUAAAUGGUGGAUUCUCUGUUACUUGGACUUCAGUAACUCAGCCAGGGACUAAGCGGUCUAUUCCAGGAGUAGGUGGGUGGGUGAAGUUCUGUGGUGUGUAAUGUGCAGGAGAUCAGAAGGUACCAUCAUGUCCAUGUAGUUUGACCUUAAAGUCUGAGUUGUCCUCAACAUGUGUAUACCUACUGUAUGCAUAGGCACGUGGAUAUCGUUGUGGAUACCUCUGUGUACAUACAGCACGCUUGUACAUAACAGAAAAAUGUUCUCCUGUUCAUUUCACGUUCAGAAAUCCUCACGGCUAGGAAGUGAAUAGUAGUGAAAGAAAGAUUGAUCUGGGAGGAUCACAGUUAUGAGAGAGGCAUGGGAGAAGUAAUGGACCCACUCUUGUCAGACCUUUUUUAAAAAAACAAACACACACAGAUGUUUCACUUGCUUACAACAGUGGAGAGAACUUGCCUUCCAAGUGCAGGAAAGGUCCUAUGAAGACAGCAAGCUGAGCCUAUAAUGUUUAGAGGAAAAUAUGCAAACUUGACUAAGUGCCUGCUUUGCAGAUUUCUUCUGUCACAGCUCCUACGUUCUGCCUAUGAUAACAUAGUGGGUAUGGUGUAAUUUACCUCCAUUGGUGGCAACCCUCUUGCCUUGUAUUCCUCUGCUAUCUGGGCUUUAAAACAUCUGGCCAAGGUUACUGUUGUUGCCUUUUUUUUUCUAGGUGUCUCAGCUUAACAGCAACAAACAGGGCUGUGAAGCUUCUUAUGAAUUCAGUAAUUUCUAACCCCUCCAAGUAUAAAAAGGUGCCACCACUUUGCUGCUUGUGGAUUAGACUCUGACAGAAAUGAAGGUGCAUGAACACCUGUGAAAAAUUGAGUUGGACUCUGGAAUGAAUUCUGGAGAAGUCUCAGGUUUUGUCCUGAUGGAUUUAAAAUAAUGUUUGGCAAAUAGUGCUGAAGUAAUGGCUACUAGGAAACCUUUUGAGGGAGAGAAAAUGAGGAUAUUUCUCUCCUAAGAGUCAAAUGGAGCAUAUAGGAAUGGGAAUUCAGGCUUCAGCAGGGGCCCUUGUUAAUCUUUGGAGAUCUUAAAAUUUUAGCAGCUCUGUAAAAACUGACCCUGUGAGGAUGGGAGGAGAUGCUAAUACCUGUGUGUGAAUCUAUGGCUGCUCUUUGUAUUGUGAGGGCGCAUACAUAGAAGCCCAAAUUCCAUACAAAGUUGCAGAUAUUGGAGAGUGGAAAAGGCUUCAUGGAAAAGGCUUGAUUCCUUUAUCCUUUCAUUAGCAUCAGAACCAUAUCCAGACUUGUACAUAAACCUUUGAACCAAACUCCUUCCUGGAAGUUAAAAACCUGUGACCUCUCUGAAUAGCCCUUCUGUCUUAAUACUUUUCUUAAAUAGGCUUUGUCUACCCUAGACUUUCUCACCAUUAAAACUCAGUAGUGGUAGCAGUGGUAUACUAGAAGCCUUAAUAUAGAGUUGGCAGGACUAGGCAACAUAGCAGUUAAAACAUUACAAUUGAUCCAUACCAGGGCUCUCUCCAAUGCUACAACUGGUAGAGCUGCACCAAUAAGAACCAUGGUAAUCUUAUGGGAAAAGUCUAGUACAGACCAUGCCAUCAAACUUAGUGCAGCUGGACUGUGGUACAGUCUGGGUCUGUGUUUGCGGAUGCUGUGUGGAGGCUUGGAGGAUUGUCAUAAUGGGGCCUCUGUAUUGCCAUUGCUCUUCAGACCCUUCAUCUUAAAAAGACCCUGCCUUGUUGUUUUGUAACUCCCCCCCGCCCAGAUGAAGAGAGUUGAGGAUUUCUGAAUUAGAGUGGUCUUUCAGAAGAUUGAAGGAAUCAAUUUCCAUUCCUUCUCAGUCUUUCUGCCAGUCAGCUGUCUUCCUGUAGGUGCAUUGCUCUUAGAUCCCAACUUCACCUCCUGCUUUUGAGACUUGAGCCACAGACUUCAAAUACUGCUUACUUGUUCAGUUCAGAUACUGAAGCAGUUUUCAGAUCUUAUUCAGAGGUCAUUCCUCUGCACGUAUUCCUGCAGGGCUAGCAAAGCCUGCCAUGCAAGCUGAAGCUGCAGAAAUUCUGUUUUGCAUUUUCUCUUCAGACUGUGUUCCCUAAUAUUUGCUUACAAGAAGGAACCCCCAGGACUCUGUUACUACCACUUCUCAGUAGCAGCGCUCAGCUGAUUUGCUGGAGCAUGUACUUCUAAAAAAGCACAAGGUGCCACUACCUUCUCCUGCCCCUCCCCUAGGAUCAGCAAAUAGUACAAGGAAAAUGGGGAUGGAAAUUCAGAAAGAUGAACUCCACCUCAGGCAGCCCAUCCAUGCACAAAAUGGGAGCUUUCUGCCUUGUCUGGGAAUCAGAAUAUUUAUUGUUAAAAAUAAUUUUAUAUUGAAUUGGUUCAAAAUUAUUUUACAGCCAGGUGCCUGUAUAUCCUAUUUUGGUAAAAAAACAAAACAAAACCUAUUUUACUUAAAAGUAUAUAAAGAGAAAAUUUUUGGAGCAAAUGGACUUUUCUUGCAAGGUAGCUGUAACUCACCAAAGCAAUGUAAUUCCAGAAAAUAGUCUAUUGUCUUUGGGAGGAAAAGAAUAUAUUAUGACAUAUAUAUAUUAGAUAUUAUGACAUAUAUAUGACCACUGGACAUUUCAGGAAGAAGUUAGAGCUUCUAAGAUUAAAGUGAGAAUUGAAGUUACUUCAUUUAAAAAAAAUUCAGUUUCCACCUUAAUUCUUAUUAGUAAUUAGAAUUAAAUAACACCAAGGCCUGUUUAUUGCUUCCAUUAUCAGUUCUAAGCCUCUUUCAGUGCCAUUUUGCAAGCAGAUUUCUUGCAUGCUUUUGCUUCUGCCAGCUGGCCUUUGAUGAACCAGUGGCGCUCCAGAUUUUUCUCUGUGUUUAGCUAUACACAAACCUUAGUCUCUCAUAUUUGUGGUGACUAGACAACUUUAAGAGAAUAGAGAGUCAUAAGGAGAUGUUUGGAUAAUCCAGGUGGAAGGCAUAUUGAAAUGUCCAUGAAUGGAAACUGCAUGCAACUAAAAUGCCUAAACCACCCAACUUAAAUGGGAUGAUCCACUCUAGUUUACAAGAUUCAAGCCGAGCUUUUAAUCAGACAGCAACAGCAGCGUUUUAUGUCAAGAAGGGAUAUGAAUAUGUAAAUCAUGAUAUAUUUGGACUCAAUAAUGCCAUCUUAGCCAGAUGGAAUCCCUACUGUAAUUCAAGUGAGUAUACAUUUACUCUAUAUAUUACAAUCCUAAGGAACGCUGAAAUCAGCCAUGUGUGGAACAAGCAUGUCUGCACUUAGUAUCUGACAUUUUUUUUCCCAUGGAGACAAAUGAUUUAUGUAACUUUUUUAUAGCUUUGUAUUGUUAUUAGAAAGUAACAUGCUUGUUUUUUAACAUGUAUUGUUUGGAGGUCAUAACUUGCGGCCUUAGUGGUAUGAAAGGAAUUUUAAUAAACUGUGGCCAAUGCUUGUAUGUAACUAAAAUGUUGUUGAACUGUGAUGCCAUUUGUAGGGAAUAUACCGUUGUAUUUCUAAUAGGCGCUCUCUUCUGAAGAGAUGGAAGCACAAGAGUUUUACAUGUACGUAUCCUGUUCCAAGUGCAGCUAGUCUGUAGUGCAUGUGAUGAUGCUGUUGGGUGACAAACCUCUGUAAUGGUUCACAAAGCCUCUGUUUCCCUUUGUUACAUAACCAUGUGUCUUGUUGCCAGUUUAUCAGUCUGUUAUGACUUGAGGUUUAAAAAAAGAAAAUACUAAAGAGAAAAUAGUCCUGGUCUGACCAGUGCAGUGAGAAACCUUUCUGGUGCUGAGGGAAUCUGAGGUCAUUUUGGUUUCACAAUGUUAGAAAGGACAUUUUUCUGCAAAGUGCUACCAAGAUGAUAAUACACAUAAACAACGGUUUACAUGGUUGAUGUCGAAACCUGAUGUCUGUUUUGUGCAAUACUUAUAAGCUGUUGUCUGUUUAAUGCAUCUGAAUUGCUUAUACCAUAAUAUCUCAACCAUGGAAGUUUUCUCAUUUGUUUCAUCCCAUCUGAUAAAUCUCUUCCCAGCUUUAGUCUGUUGAUAUUGAUGAUACUUCAUGCAGUAGUUUGUGCAAAACUGUGAGAGAGAUUGUGGGUUUCAAUGGCAAAUACCCCAGCAAGAUGGCAAUAGUGGGUUUAGGACUGCCUAAUAGCCAGUGGCGACUUGUUCCUCAAAAGCGUAGUGUGUGUAUGUGCUGUCCUUUUGCUUGCUGCUGCUGGGAAGACUUAUUCCACUAAACCGACUUUCCAAUUUAACACUGUGAUUCUGCACAGAGCUGAUACAGCACCAAGGGAACGAAAUACUGUAACAAUGUUUGUUGCAUUGAAUGACCAUAUGAAAAGUGUGGGUUUUUUGCUGUUAGCGUGUUGAUGACAUUUUCACAUUGGUAAAUGUUCUCUCAAUGUGACUACAUUCAUCAGUUGUGAACUAUUGUACAUGAAUUUUUGUAUCUGAAAUCCACUCAAAUUGUGUAUGACCAAUAUAAAAUAAACAUAUUUGCUUAAACAUG